CGGAUAUUAUCGAGCUCUCGCCGUCGCUAGUUACCGAGGAAUGAGUCGAGUGGGUCACAGAAUUUUACAGAUAUCACGAUAUCAAAUCCAUCUGUUUCUAUAAUCAGACUUCAGCAAGGUACUAACACAUAAUUCAAUUCUUUUGGUUAUAAAGUGUGCCUUUAAUAGCAUAGUUUGUAUCAUUAAGUGGUUAAUGGUCCGUGUUUGUGUAACUACGUAUGCCGUUGUGUGAUUUUAGUACGUGGUUCAUGUGGUUCGUGAAUGAAGGCAAAUACUUAGAGUUCCAUCAUACGUUUGAAGAUUGAAAUAACACGCAUAGAGCAGACACGAAUUGAAAGGUACAACCAAGUUCAGAUAUAGACCGUUUGAACUAGAAAAGGAAUAAACUGCGUUAUCCUUAAUGAGCACUCGAUCGCCAUAAAACAGCCAAAACAUUUGGUCGUUAAGCGUAAAAAUUGCCAGAUUUUAACCGAUAGUCGUGGAAAAAAAUUUCUGGUGAAUGGCCAAAAUUUUAAACAUGCAGUGUGAUGCACGCAUGGCGACUCGCUCCAUAAACGGGUUCCUUUCGUAUGUAAGAUAUCUCCUGUGCACAAACUUUUCCUUUUGAAGGUUAAGAGAAGCCUUUGAAAGACUAUUUAGCUCAUGAUUCGUAUUGAAAUCGGGACUAACUCCGACGAAUCCGGCCGAUGAAGACGUAAGAUCCAAGCCGUCUGUGAUCAUAAACUAAUCUUAUUAUUUCCAUGAGAGAAUUAAACAUACAAUCGGCCCAUUACGUUAUAGUAAAAACACUGAGGGAUCGAAUAUCUAUUUCUACAAUUGGUUCAUAUGAAGAAACAUUCCAAGGAUUAGCUCGGUAUGUUACGUCACGCCUGUAAAUGUACAUUCAAGCGAGUACAGGUAGCGCACUCGCAAUUAUUUUGAAAACUUUUCUUAUGCAGGGAUGGGUUUCUGUGUGAAGAUGCAAAUUACGAAUAUUGUUGUCCGAAAACAUUUGAAACCUUGAAAAGCGGAAGAUUAUAUUCCCUUAAUCCGAAGAUUUAAUACGAAACAGAUGACCUGAAAGCAGGCAAUUAUGUCCAUAGAUGCAACGGUUACACCAAAACAAUAAAACUGCAAUUUCAAGACAGCCGCGCUUGCAAGACGUAGCUUGCUUUUAGCGGCAACAUAAUUAAUUCUCAUCUCUGUUAAACAGGUUCAAGUGACAAAACUAAUGCUUGUUAAAAUGGAAACUUUCGAAGUCGCAACCACUUUAAUCAUCAAUCUGUGCAUGAUUGUCUUUGUUGAACUGUGUUGCCCGUGACAAAAACUUGCUGUCCCCUGAAAGGAACGUGCCAUCCAGAAUGAAGAAUGCCCCUGUCUCAGGGGCAUGAAUGAACCAUUCCUUAAAUGGGACGUCAUCAUCCUAAUCAUUGCCUUUACCACUAUACUCGCAAGAAUUAUAUUUUUGAUCAGUUCUUCUUGUCAAUUGUCUCCAAACUAUGGCAUGGAUGAUUUUGAAAAAAAAGGAUUCUGACUCCCGCACAGGUCUUAAAGAAGUCGUGAUUUCGCUAGUUACUUACAUCUUGAUGUGUUUACGACAUUUAUCAGAUCUUGUAACAGCAAUUUCUUGGUGAAUAGUUCCAGAUUUGCUUUCACUGUAUUCCAGUUGAUAAUCAGUAUCAAACACUUUUAAUGCUGAUGGUAAUUCUGACUGCAUUAAAUAUGCCUGUCUGGCUAAUUGUAACAAACUUGAAAAAAGCUGAUGUCCAAUAUUCAUUACUUGUAUAAGAUCAUUUGCAGAGCUGAUCCCUUGUGUGUUAUUGUAAAUCAAAGAACACAAACUCAUUUCAACACAUCGUUGUCCAGCAUUCUGCCCCAAAACUAAAUCGUUACUUUGACUAUAUGGAGCUACUAUUGUUUUGUUAGGGUCAACAUAUGUUGGAGGGCCAGGUUUUUUUCUUCUUUUUUUAUUUUUCUCUACUUAAUUUAUUGUUGCAAUAAUUUGCUACAUGCAUGGAGCCUCAUUCUUGCAAGAACACAUCAGUUUGUUAUAAGAAAACAAUGUUAAAUAUCGACUGACAUGCUCUUAAAGGGAUCUCUCAUAAAGUUCGCGGACCGACCCGUUCCGAAAACGCUCGACAUCUUUUAGUGUGGGUCUACCGCGAACGAUGAGUGCAUAUUUUGUAUGUGUUUUGAGCGUACUAUACACAGUCUCCGUGCUGAUUUUGAACCACGAAAGCUUCUCUUCGUCCGCCAUUACACCAUGCCAUGUGCUCAUUAGUCAAAGCGUCGCGCAUGCGUCAGAGUCAAAAGGUUGCGCAUGCGUGAUGAGGACUUGACUGCGAUUUGCGACCGAACGAAAAAAAAAAAAAAGGAAGCCGGAAUUUUAACUCGGGCGUUUCCUUUGGAAAGCCCGAGUAAAAAUUAUGCUUUCCUAGGAAUAUUAGAGCGUCAAAUUGUCUUUCAGGCUGGCAACCGUUUAGUACAGCUUGGAGCAAAUCGAAGUUUGCUGGUAUAAAAUACGCUCCGUAAGAUUCUACUUACAGGUAUUUGGAUUUUCUAUUUAAAGUUAAACAUGAUGCUUUUGACUCGUGCUGGCUGCCAAUGAGGAGAUUAAUUAUUAACCAAUUAUCACUCUCUAGAUCUUUGAAAAAUUAUCCUUGAGCUCUCCUGAUUAAGUCUAGUUAAUCAAGUUCGCCUUCUUAAUCAGUACUAUUCAAAUGAGAAUUUCAUGGUUUUUUUUAGUUGAGUUAACCUCUCUACCUUCGAUUUCACGUUUAGUAAUAUCAAAAUUUGGACUGCACAGAUUUAAGUCCAACUCCAAAAAGUUUUAAAGGUGGAUGUAUGCACAAUCCAAAUCUGCGACCCCUCGAAAUGUGUCCUUAGUUUGAACAAUGUUUCCAUCAUUUUCCAUCUCCUUUGGGAAGUGCUUGAACUUAACCCUUCUUUACAUAGCUCACGACACUCUGUCUCUCUUGACCCUCUAUCUUAGGCAACUGAGUAGGAAUCCUUUUUUUGUCUUAAGGUGAUCAUCCAACCAUAAAAAAAUCUUUUAAAUGUCGUACAGUUUUAAAUUGUGUUUCAUUUUCGAUUCAUAUCCGCAGGCUUUGUGAAAUGUCUAUAUUUAAAGGCACAAAGAAGGGUAAAGGUGGAAGUUUGACCGAGAAACUGGUCUUCUACACAGGAUCAGAAUAUGAUUACUGUAGUCAUGACUCCCUCAGAGAGAAAAUGAGCGAACAUAAAGGGAUUGACCACUCCGAGAAACUACAAAAAAUGUGGCUUUUUAAAAGACCUUUGAGUGAAUGGCAACGUACCCAGCUUGUUUGGAACCAUCAGUUUGUCGUGGUAGAUUCACCUGGUUGGUAUUGGUCCCUUGAGAGAGAAGGGGAAACGCUUCUCCUUCAAAGGAACGUAAAGUAUACCGUCGUUAAAGAUUAUGAAGAAGGAUGCCCCAGAUACGCUCCAGUAGUCGAAAUAAAACAUGGUUAUUGCAAAGGAACAAUGAAAGAUUUGAUUGAGUUUCUUUAUCGCAAG